AGGCAGUGAGGGACAGACAGGGUGUGCUGUUGAGCAGGAAGUCAGCUGUACACAUGUUUAUGUAGAGCAGAGAGUAAGAGCUCACACUGCUGUCAGCUUUCCUCUACAAACUGUGGACUCUGGUCAGAUCUCUGGACAAUGGCUGAAGACAAGAGUGCGCGUGCAGAAGGCUUCGUUGAUGGCACCAUUCACGUGGACGUCAAGGAUUAUUAUGGCAAGAAGUUGAAGAACACCGCCGACCUGCAGACCAAUGCCUGUGUGGCUCCAGCCCAGCCCAUCCCCGCCUUCAUCCGCCAGGCUCUGAAGAAAGUGCACCCUGAGGUCACCGCCAGGUACUAUGGCUGUGGUCUGGUGGUGCCAGAGUGCUUGGACGGCUGCAGGAUACUGGACCUGGGCAGUGGCAGUGGGAGGGACGUCUACAUGCUGAGUCAGCUGGUGGGCGAGAAGGGCCAUGUCACUGGCAUCGACAUGACUGAGGACCAGCUUGACGUGGCCAGGACAUACGUGGACUAUCACAUGAAAGAGUUUGGCUACAAGAAGCCCAAUGUCAGUUUCGUCCGAGGCUACAUUGAGGCCCUAACAGAAGUGGGUCUGGAAAAGGGCUCAUUUGACAUCAUCAUUUCCAACUGUGUGGUGAAUCUCUCUCCAGACAAGAAGCGAGUACUGGCUGAAGCCUACAGUGUGCUCAAGGAAGGCGGUGAGCUGUACUUCAGUGACGUCUACAGCAGCGGAAGACUAACAGAGGAAAUUAAAAAUCACAAAGUCCUGUGGGGUGAGUGUAUUGGUGGAGCGCUCUGGUGGAAGGACCUGCUGCGAUUGGCUGAAGAAGUGGGCUUCAGCCCACCGCGGCUGGUUACAGCCAACGACGUCACGGUUGACAACAAAGAGCUGCAGAGCAUUCUGGGCGACUUCAAGUUUGCCUCUGCCACAUACCGCCUGUUCAAGACCCCUAGAGGCAACACCAAGCCCCGUCAGGUCAUGUAUAACGGGGGCAUUCCAGGAGCAGAGGACAGCUUCCACUUCGACUGUCAUUACACAUUCAAGGUGGAUGAAGCGGUGGAGGUGGAUGGAGAGGUGGCCAGCAUCCUGACCCAUUCCAGAUUCAAGCAGGACUUCACUUUCCAGCCACCGGGAGGCCCUAGUGAGCCCUGCGGAGGCAAACCUAAUAAGGCGGCCAUUGUGGACCCUUUCGAGCUGAUCCCUCAGCUGGAGAAACAAGGUGCAGGAUCAGCCACAGGGGGGUGCUGCAGCACAAAGUCUGCUACCUGCUGCAAAUGAUGGUGGGAAGAGCACUGAGAAAUACAUGCCCAGCAUCAUACUGUCUAUGCAUAAUGACAGUAGUUCAAAUGGACCUGACUUAAUUAUGCCUCAUGCAGUGUCAUUAUGUUGUCACUUAUUAGCAUUUGAAAUGAGAUUUCAGAGAUUGAAAUGAAUUACUUACACAUAAAUAUGUGUCUAGUUGAUGCUCUGUGCACACUUACCCCGUCAAUCACCUUAACUUGAAAAGCAGAAAAGACUGAAAAGAUUAAUUUAAUUCAUUCAAAUAAUAAUGUUGUGUAAAUAAAAAUGACUUUGGCUUUGUAUCAAGACAAGAUCCACAAAUUCAAAACUUGUAAUAUUGAACAAUAUUGAUACCUUCUUCUUUUGAGGAAAUUCUUUUCCCCAAUUGUCUACAAUCUUAGACAUCUGAAUUUUGUAUUCAUGCCAUUCACACCUUCAUCAGGACUUUUCCACCUUUGUAUUACUUGUGUUGUAAUACCUCUAAUUUAAUUGAUUUUUUUUAUCAACAGGUUUUGCAGUAGUGUGUGCUUUGCAAAAAAUGGUCUAACUAAUAUCUGCGAUAUUAUGUUAAUUUUGUGUUAUUUCUGUUAUAGGAUAAUAAAUAUUGUCAAUCACUUAAA